AUGGUCGUCACCACCGACUCGUACACGUACAUCGGUGUUGUCGCUGAGGUCCUCAAUGAAGGUCUACCACGCGCCGCAUACCUCGUCAUCGGCGACGAUGCUUCUCGCAGCUUUCGCGAGCGUGUUCAGCUCACGCAUACUCUCAUACUCUUCCAGACGAUUCUCGGACUUAUCAUGAGCUUCGCUUUUGUGGGCGGUGCAUCGACAUUCGCGAAAGGCUUUGUGCCGGUCGAAGUUCGCGCUGCGAGCCUGACAUACGUCAGAAUAGCUGCGUUCUCGACUUUGAGCUCGGCGGUGGAGUACGCAGUGAGUACAUCCACGAGGGCGCUGGACCGACCAGACGUACCGCUUAUCAUCAGCUCGACCAAGUUCGCUAUCAACAUUAUCCUCGACCUCAUCAUCAUCUCCAAGUUUCAUGUAGGCGGUGUGAAGCCUACAGUGAACAUGCAAGCCGCCAUACAGCUCGCUUGCAACCUGACCUCCGCUUUUGCUGGUGUCGUAUACUUCGUCUACGCGACCAGCAUCAAGGAGAAUUCUGCGGCUCGCGUAGAUACCUCCGAUGUAUCGUUAAAACCUACGUUUACCGCACUGAAGAUUCUGUUCAAACCCGGCUUCAUAUUCUUCUGGGAGUCAGCAAUCCGAAACGCGCUCUAUCUCUGGCUCGUUCACGGCAUCAUAACCAUGGGCAGUGACUACGCCACUGCCUGGGGCGUCUUUACGACUAUUCGUUGGGGUCUUGUCAUGGUGCCUGUCCAAGCGCUCGAGGCCACGACACUGACCUUCGUUGGCCACUCCUGGGGAAGGUUUUGCGCGCCGCUAUCCGGCGAAACUACCACGCAUCGCGCCAGCUGGCGUCAGAUCUGGACUAUUACCCGUUGGGCCCUGUAUUCGAUCGCCAUCGCGACCGUUGUUGAAGUACCUCUAUGUUUGCUGAUGUCCUUUCUCGGUGCUCGCCCGUUUGCGCACUACCUCUCUGGCUCAGAUGAAGUCGCUCGUAUCACGGCGCAUAUGUGGCGGACGAUCGACUGGUGCUACAUUUUCUAUGCUCUGUCGACCCAAUUAGCGGCCAUCCUGAUGGCAACACGUCCGAAGUGGUAUCUAUAUCAAUCGCUAGCAUCGAACCUUCUGUAUGUACUCCCUUGGGCGAUUGUCUGUCAGGUGGCGAAGUUGAACCCGCGAGAUGCGUGGACGUAUCAUAGCCUAGUAUUUGGCGGGAGUCUAGUUUUCUCGUUCUUCGACAUCAUCAUAUUCGAUGGGUAUUGGGCUUGGAGAUUGAUGAGAAGGAAGGCUCGAGUGGAGGCGUGGUAG